CGUGUCAUUCUGUGGAAUCCGCCACCUGAAACACACACACACACACACACACACACACACACACACACGCGAGCCUCUGCUGCAGCUCAUUCUGCGCUCGAUCAGCACACAGCAGAGCAUCUGUUGGUGAAGAUGAUUCCUCCUGGAGACUGUCUGUACGCUGGGAGGAAGCGGAGGAAACCCGUCCAGAAACACAGAAAACCAGCAGCAGUGACGGAGAAAUCGAACCCGUCGAAGCGGCACCGUGAGCGUCUGAACGCUGAGCUGGAGCGACUGGCCGGACUGCUGCCCUUCUCCCCAGAGAUCAUCUCCAAACUGGACAAACUGUCCGUCCUGCGUCUGAGCGUCAGCUACCUGCGGGUCAAGAGCUUCUUCAGCGCUGCUCAGGAAAACCCUCACGAAAAACACGCGAACGGGAAAGAGUGCAACACGACGGCCAGCAGUGCCCCUGAGAGCCAGCUGCUGCUAGAG